AUGAAACCCUCACUCGGCGCAUGUUUCCUAUUAUUCGCCCUGGCCAGAGCACACGGCCAACACUCUCACGAAGACACCGUAAGACCAGAAGACGACUGGGCACUGUACCACAUGCAAGAAGAACACCACAUAUCCAACUUUGACCCAUCUUCGUUCUUCUCCCUGCACGACUUCAACAACGACGGCGUCUGGACGCCGGACGAGGUGCGCAGAACCUACGGCCUCGACGACGAGUCUCUACAGUCCACCCCUGCGGACGCAAAGGACAAGGCGGUCCUGGACGUCUUCAAGAUCUUCGACGUCGGGAGCAGCGGCAUCAUCACGCGGGACCAGUGGCUGGACGGGGUCCGCGCUGGCAAGAAACUGCCAGACUCGGGCCUCGGACCAGGCCACCACGGCGACGACGAGUACGAGUACGAAAUCCACCAUUUUGAAAAGUUCCACGACGAGAACACCAAGGAGGAAGACCUGAUCCAUCCCGAAGACAUUGCGCAUUUCCGAAAACACGACAUGAUGGAGGACGAGGCGGAGCGGGUGCUGCGGGAACAGCAACAGAACAUCGUCGAGAAGAACAUUCCCAUGAAGUUCAGAAAGCAGCAGUGA